AAGACCAGUAUUCCUUUAGCUCUUGUCGUGUCGUGGCGUGGCGCUAUCGUGGAGUUCGUCUGGCCGAAAAAGAAAUAAAAUCUUCCCCUACUGCCAGGCGUGAAAGGUGUGCGGGCGUGUUCGGAGUGUGACAAAUAUUAAUCCAACGCGUUUGAUGGUGAUAUUGCUGGAGUGAUUAACCAUUGAAACUUAAAACUCUUGGAGUGAAAUUGGAGCAUAGUCAGCUAUCGGAAGGCACUGCGGUUGCAAGACAUCCCGGAACGGUUUAAUCUGUGUGGCAGUACCCGAGGACGAUCUUCUUGAGUAAGGAUGAGUCGGCGCUUUUCGCGAGCAGAGUCCAGCUCGGACCUGCUGGCUUUCCUGGACCGUGGCCACUCUGCGAAUACUGAAAAUCGAUGGACUUUUGAAAUUGCAUGGGAAGUCGCCAAUAAGGUGGGUGGAAUCUACACCGUUAUUCGCUCCAAAGCAUUUGUGUCGACGGAAGAACUUGGCGAUCAGUAUUGCCUGAUUGGGCCAUACAAAGAAGCAUCUGCCCGGACGGAAGUUGAAGCAUGUGAGUUUCCGAACAAUGGGCCCCUGUAUGGAGCAGUGUCAGCAAUGCGAAAUCAAGGCUACAAGGUACACUGCGGGCGGUGGCUAGUCGAUGGAAACCCUCAAAUCAUUCUGUUCGACGUUGGAUCGGCGGCCUGGAAAAUGGAUGGCUACAAGCAGGAACUGUGGGAAUCAUCAAACGUUGGAAUACCGCAUUUAGACGUUGAGAGCAAUGAUGCCGUUAUUCUUGGCUAUACUAUCGCCACCUUUAUUGCCGAGUUCAAACGUUGCGCUGAACAAUACUCGCACGACAAUGAAUACGGACCACCGCGUAUUGUAGCCCAUUUCCAUGAGUGGCAGGCCGGCGUUGGUCUAAUUGCUCUGCGAACGCGCCACGUAGAUGUCGCCACUGUGUUCACAACUCACGCUACUUUGUUGGGUCGGUAUCUGUGUGCUGGUAAUACGGACUUUUACAAUAAUCUAGACAAAUUCCCUGUCGAUGAGGAAGCCGGAAAACGACAGAUUUAUCAUCGUUAUUGUCUUGAACGUGCUGCUACUCAUCUCUGUCAUGUGUUCACUACUGUCUCGGAAAUUACCGGUUAUGAGUCGGAACAUUUGCUGAAGCGAAAACCUGAUAUUAUCACGCCCAACGGGUUGAACGUGAAAAAGUUUUCUGCUAUCCACGAAUUCCAGAACCUACACGCCAUGGCAAAGGAAAAGAUCCAUGAGUUUACCAGAGGCCAUUUCUACGGUCACUUCAACUUUGAUUUGGAGAAGACUUUGUACAUGUUUAUUGCCGGUCGCUAUGAGUUCUCGAACAAGGGUGCUGACAUCUUUAUCGAGUCCCUGGCUCGAUUGAAUCACUUGUUGAAAUCACACAAUCCGGAUGUAACCGUAGUGGCAUUCUUAAUUUUCCCUGCCAAGACCAACAACUUCAACGUAGAGUCACUUCGUGGACAUGCCGUUACCAAGCAGCUACGCGAAACUCUUAACACCAUUCAGCAGCAGAUAGGAAAGCGAAUGUAUGACACUUGCCUGAAAGGACAUCUGCCUGAUGGAGGCGAAAUUUUAACUAAGGAAGACAUGGUCAAGAUCAAACGGUGUUUGUACGCUCUGCAGCGCGAUGGAAAUCCACCGGUAACCACUCACAACGUCGUCGAUGACUGGAAUGAUCCCGUCCUGGAGUCAGUACGACGGUGCCAUCUGUUCAACACGAAAUAUGAUCGUGUUAAAAUAGUUUUCCACCCUGAGUUUUUGAACUCCACCAAUCCAUUGUUUGGACUGGAUUACGAAGAGUUUGUUCGCGGUUGCCAUUUGGGCGUAUUUCCCUCAUACUACGAACCAUGGGGCUACACACCAGCCGAGUGUACCGUGAUGGGAAUUCCAAGUGUUACAACUAACCUCUCUGGGUUCGGUUGUUUCAUGCAGGAGCACAUUGCCGACCCUAAGUCGUAUGGUAUUUACAUUGUGGAUCGACGUCACGUGGGACUCGAGGAGAGCGUCCAACAGCUGUCCAAGUUUAUGUUCGAGUUCUGCAAACUCAACCGGCGCCAGAGAAUCAUCCAACGAAACCGAACUGAGCGGCUUAGCGAUCUGCUUGAUUGGAGAAAUCUAGGAAUUUAUUACCGCCAGGCUAGAAUAAAAGCGUUGCAAACCGUGUAUCCAGAUUACGUCGAUGAAUCGGAGAGCUAUCUGAGGCGAGCUGCUGACUUCAAUUACCCUCGUCCAGUUAGUGCCCCACCAAGUCCAAGUUCUUCCAGGCACACAACGCCAGCUCCAUCACUACACGGAUCGGACGAUGAACAAGAUUCCGUUGAUUCUGAAGAAGAAUUGGAAGAACUGAAGAAAGCUAACUCGCAUGACUAAAAGAACUUAACCAACUUUUGAGAAAUGUACUACAGUUACUGACACACAACCACUCACCGUUCACAAAUUCAGAUUAGAUCAUAGUGAAUACUUCCCUUAGUUGACACUACUAGAUGAGGAUGGUUUAAAGAAUUGCUGCACAUGAUACUCAACGCAAAACGUUAGAUUACCCAUCAAAUAUCCGUCGUACGUAUGCUGGUACUAUUUUACGAUUUUAUGUUAACUUUUGUUGUGUCUUUUAAUUAGCUAGGAUAAAUAUUUCAAAAUCUAUUUUCUGUACAUUUUGAUUGUUUCGUCCAGUUUUGCCUUCCGUGUUGCUACCGAUGCGCAUGUUCAGCCAUAAUAUUGAAUAAUGAUGUUAUUUGUCGAUAAUUGAAAAGUUUAUUUAGUCAGUAAGCAAUCGUGCGCGAAGAGUUUCACCCAAUUAUUCCUGUUAAUUUUAACAAAACAAUCACGUAGAGCUCAAAUGGCAGUGAAUCAAUAAAAAGCCUGUUAUGAAACCAUAAAA